UUUACUUUCAUGCGACAAAACGUCAUCUCUGUGAUAUUCAGAACUUUAAUUCCCAAGUUUUCGAAUUCAGGACAAAAGGAGUAUUGAGAGAAUGAUGACUCCCAGGGUGAAGCAUGAGGCACCGGCGCACCGCUUUUAGACUUACGUGUCUAAUGCUUCUAUGGGAGUGUAUGACAGUAAGCCUUCACUGCUGGUUUUUGGCCACCGCGGCGAGUUCUAGUGAUGUCGCCGGUCCCCUUGGCUGGCUCUUGUCGGAUAAAGGGCCCUUUCACCACUCCCAGGAAUUCACCGAGUUUGCGGAGCGCUACCAACAGGGUUUCACCACCAGGUACAAGAUUUACAGAGAGUUCGGUCGGUGGAAGAUCAACAGCCUGGCGCUGGAAAGGCAGGAUGGCAGUGGCCUCGCUGUGCCCCUCGACCCCGAGUUCAUGCAGAGUGUCCGACUGCUGGGGCGUAGGCCCAAUGCCCAGAAGAUCACAGAGAGCAUAAUCCGGAAAUACGGCACACACUUUCUGCUGUCUGCAACGCUAGGAGGCGAGGAGUCCCUGACAAUCUUUGUCGAUAAGAGGAAGCUGAGUAGUAGGGCAGAGGCAAGAGACUGGAACAGCACUGGCAUCACCCUGGAGACACUCCACCAGCUGGCUGCCUCCUACUUCAUUGACAGGGAGAGCACUCUGCGCAAGCUGCACCACCUCCAGAUCACCUCCACUGCCAUCAAGGUGACUGAAACAAGGACAGGCCCUCUUGGAUGCAGUAACUAUGACAACCUCGAUUCCGUCAGCUCGGUCCUAGUUCAGAGUCCUGAAAACAAGAUUCAAUUACAAGGACUGCAAGUGAUUCUUCCCGACUACUUGAGGAGUCGUUUUGUGCAGGCUGCCCUCAGCUACAUCGGCUGUAACACCAAGGGUGAACUUGUGUGUAGGGACAGUGACUGCUGGUGCCGCUGCAAUGCCGCCUUCCCCCAGUGCAACUGCCCCGAGGUGGACCUCCGUGCCAUGGAGAACAACCUGCAGCACAUCCGAGAGGCUUGGGCGCUUGCCAACCAGGAGUUCGAAGAAUCUGAGGAGUUCCAGAUCUUUGUGGGCAGGCUGCCAACAUUCUAUGCUUUAAACAUGUCUGCUGUUCAGUACUUCUGGAAGCUGGACCCGGGAGUCCAGCAACGGUACCAACAGCUGGAGACCACCACCAGCCUGCUCCUCACCAAGGCUCACGGGAUCAUCAACAAGCUCUUUGCCCUCAGCAAGCGGUGCCUCACACAGCCCAAAAUCGUCAUCCAGAAGGAGAGGUCUUUCAACUACUGGCUGAAUUACAUCCUGUCAAUCAUGUACUGCAGUGAGAACAAUCACAUUGGGAUUUAUGCAGAGGAGACGCGGAGCUGCUCCUGCCCGUACGAACACCCCAGCUGCCACGGGGCCAUCCCAUGCACCGUGGGAGAGGGCGUCCUCUGUGCCUCCUGCUCGGUGGAAAAUCGCUCACGCUGCGCCGACUGCAACCCAGGCUACAUGCUCAGUCAGGGCACCUGCCGUCACGCAGUGCCUGACUCCACCGACCACUACAUAGGCUUUGAGAUGGACUUGCAGGACCUGGAGAUGCGCUACUUGUUGCAGAAUCGUGACAGCCGCAUCGUGGUGCAUGCCAUCUUCAUCAGCAAUGACAUGAGGCUCAACACGUGGUUCGACCCCUCCUGGAGGAAGCGCAUGCUGCUCACGCUCAAGAGCAACAAGUACAAGUCCAACCACGUGCACAUGCUGCUGGGCAUGACCCUGCAGAUCUGCCUUACCAAAAACAGCACCCUGGAGCCUGUGAUCUCCGUUUACAUCAACCCCUUCGGUGGCAGCCACUCAGAGAGCUGGAUCAUGCCCAUCAGCCAGAACAGUUACCCUGACUGGGAGAGGACUAAGCUGGACAUUCCACUGGACUGCUACAACUGGACGCUGACUCUGGGCAACAAGUGGAAGAGCUUUUUUGAGACGGUCCACUUCUACUUGAGGAGCCGGGUCAGGGCCUCAGCAGCCAAUGGGACAGGUGCUGUCUACCUAGAGCCAUUGGAGCUGGCUGAGCCCGCCCAGAACCUGGGCUACAUGAAGAUCAACAGCAUGCAGCUGUUCGGCUACAGCAUGCACUUUGACCCUGAGGCCAUACAGGACCUGAUCCUGCAGCUGGACUACCCCUACACUCAGGGAUCCCAGGACUCAGCCCUGCUGCAGCUUGUGGAGAUCCGGGAUCGCAUCAACAGACUGUCGCCCCCGGGGCCCCAGCCUCUGGACCUGUUCUCCUGCCUCCUCAGGCACCGGCUAAAGCUGUCUGCCACUGAGGUGGUUCGCAUACUCUCUGCCCUGCAGGCCUUCAGUGCUAGGCAGCCCAACUCCAUAGAAUAUGAGACAACCAAGCUGUGUAGCUAACAAGCAUGGCAUAGGCUAGUAGCGCUAGAACAGAAUCCAUUUAAUCUUUAAAGGAGCAUUCAAAGCUAUUCCUUUAACAAACUUAUUGGUACUCUCAACAGACUGCAGUCUUAAAACUGUUCAUUGGAGUUUGAAAUACGUUUUCUACAAAGUGAAUAAUUUGAAGGUAAAGC